AUGCCUUUCAGGAAGAUGGCUCGUCAUUUCGGUGACACUCCUCCGUCGCACUGCUCUCCCACGUCGGACGACAACAAUACCACCAGCGACGACGGACAGACGGAUGGGCACAUGCGCCCUUCGUCUCGUCGCCACGGUUGCUCGAGUCCUCGUGCGAUGCGCAGCCCAACGCGGCGGGCUCUCCCCGCAGGCACCCUACCUGUCGUAUCACGAUAUCCUCCGUAUGUACCCUCCGAACCUUGCGCGCCUCGAGCCGCUCCGCCUCUUCCGGUUCUCCCGAGUUACGCUAGCUUACUCACACAAUCUACAGUUACAUACGAAGACAUCAAGUCUCUGAAGAACGACUGGUUGACAGAUAACAACAUUGCAUUCUGGGAAGAAUGGCUCGAACGCGAAAUCCUGCCCAAGUACCCCCAGGCCCGCAUCGUCCUCCUUAGGCCAUCCAUGACCUUCCUCCUCAUGAAGGAGCCCGAUAUGCGCCAAAUCCGCUCCGCCCUCCCCGAUUUCAGGAAAGUCACCCACAUCUUCCUGCCCAUCAACGAUGCCCGAAACGUAGCCCAAGCCGAAGGCGGUUCCCAUUGGUCCUUGCUGCUCGUAAGCGCAAUCGACGGCGUCGCCUUCCACUACGACUCUCUAGGCGGCGCAAACUUCGCCGAAGGCAGGCUAGCAACGCACAAGAUGUCGGAAAUCCUUGGCCGGCCUCUCCGCUACCUGAACCUCGACGACGCCCCCCAACAGGAGAAUGGCAGUGACUGCGGCGUCUUCGUCUGCAUUCUCAUGCGCCAUCUCCUCGUCAAGCGCCUGCUGAGCGCAAACGCCCGUGAGAAGGUCAGCAUGAGCAUGGCUAACAAGCUCAUCGACAGCCAUGGAGGCCGCAAGGAGAUGCUCAAGAUCAUUGAGAGCCUGAGGAAAGAGGGCGAGAGGAGGAGAUCGUAA